CAACACAUAGUGCAUAAAUUCACAUACAUAAACCAAUAAUUCCCUUAAAAUUAAGGUCCCUAGCCAAUUCACAUGGCAUGGUCAACCUCUACCACUACCCCUCAAGCAAACCAUGAAGUGUUCCUCAGCUUUCGAGGUGAGGACACGCGCUACAACUUCACUAGCCACCUUCAUGCAACUUUGACUAGGCUUGAAGUCCGCACAUACAUUGACUACAAUCUUCAAAGAGGAGAUGAGAUCUCGUCCGCACUUCUUAGGGCGAUUGAAGACGCAAAACUUUCCGUUAUUGUUUUCUCUAAAAACUAUGCAAACUCUAGGUGGUGUUUGGAUGAACUUGUGAAAAUACUUGAAUGUAAGAGAAUGAAGGGGCAAAUUGUUUUGCCUAUUUUUUAUGAUAUUGAUCCUUCCCAUGUGCGCAACCAAACGGGGAGUUAUGCGGAGGCAUUUUUAAAACAUGAGCAAAAUUUUAAAGGGAGAAUGGAGAAAGUGCAUAAGUGGAGGGAGGCUUUGAGAGAUGCAGCCAAUUUCUCUGGUUGGGAUUGCUCUGUUAAUAGGAUAGAAGCCGAACUUCUUGAGAAAAUUGCAAAGGAUGUAAUUGAAAAACUAAAUCGAGUAUAUGUUGGAGACCUUGAUCAUCAAAUUGCUAAGUUGGAGCAACUUGCAAAUCUCCAAUAUCAAUUCUAUCAAAGCAUAAUUAGCCUUGACAAUUUGAACAAGUAUCAAUCAACGGUUCAACGUAUCACAGAACUUAAAAUGGAGAGAAAUGUUCGUUUGCUUCGCUUGACACCUGAUAUGCUUUCACAUUUAGGGAACUAAUCAAACAAAAAUGAUCAUUUUCCAUUUUAAUGUAUGAGUUUUAUGAGAUAUCAAUUGUUGUUAUUAAUUUUAUAAAGUUUCAAUUUUCCAAUUCCAAGUUAUUUUGCUAAUGUCAUGGAUCUCCCUCGUCAAUGUGUAACUCUUUUUUCCAUGAUUUAUUUGGGGUUAGCUUUCUUUUGCAAA